UCCUCCUCUUCCUCCUCCUCCUCUUCUCCCUGCAAAAUCCCAAUUGAAAAUUCCAAGAGAAUUCCAAGGAUGGAGCGGGAAUUCCCCCGGAGCAAAUCCCGGCUGCCCUCGCUGCUCCUGGCGCUGCUGGGGCUCGGCCCAGGGCUGUUGCAGGAGGCGCCGUUUGAGGCGGAAAAUGAGGUUUUGGAGAUUCUGGCUGGGAAUUCCACCCAGUCCCUCCUGGAGCGUUGUUCCGAGCUGCUCUUCGGCCAGUCCCGGUCCCCUCCCCGCCAGGUGAACGCCGUCCUGGGCGGCUCCGUGCUGCUGGCGCCGGCGCUGCCGCCCAACCAGACGGUGAAGGAGAUCGAGUGGAGCUUCUCGGGGGGCUCCGGUGCCACCAUCCAGGUGGCCGAGGUGGGACCCGGCGGCUUGGAGCGGCCGGACCCGCGGGAUCGCUUCGGGAAGCGGCUGGAGCUGUUCAACCGCACGGCGCUGCGCAUCCGCCAGCUGCAGCGCGGCGACAGCGGCGUCUUCGGAGCCAGGAUCAAGAUGCAGCCGGCGCUGGUGGAUGAUCAGUCCUUCAACCUGUCCGUCUACGAGUCGGUGCCCAGCCCCCGGACGCGCAGCCGGCUCCUGGCCAGCACCCUGGAGUGGUGCAACCUCACCCUGCAGUGCCAGGGCAGCGGCAGCGGCGCCGUCAACGUCACCUGGAGACGCGACAGCGCCGCCGAGGGGGACCCCGGGGGGCGCCGGCUGUCACCCGACGGCGCCGGGCGGCACCAGGUGUCACCCGACGGGACCACCCUGCGCGUGGCGCUGCCGCCGGCCGCCACCAACGUCACCUACGCCUGCACCGUCAGCAACCCCGCCGAUCACAAGGUGGCCGUGUUCGACCUGCAGGAGCUGUGCCGGGGAGGAGGCGGUUCCUCAGCUUUCUCCACGUCCGGUUACGUUGUUCUGGCUCUGAUCCUCGUGGCCGUCGCCCUCGGCGGCGCCUUCUGGUGCUGGAGGGUGAACAGCGAGAAGGCGGCGGAGGCAGCGGCCGCGCCGGCAGCCGAGGAGAGCCCCGGGGAGGCGCCGUACAGCGACAUCGUCUGCAGGAGCCCCCCCGAGGGAAACGACCAGGGUCCCAGCGCUCCCCCGGAACCCAGCGAAUCCCAAAAAACCGAAACCACCCCGAAAACAGAAACCCCAAAAACGGAAACAGCCCCAAAAACAGAAACCCCAAAAACCGAAACGACCCCAAAAAUGGAAACGACCCCAAAAACGGAAACGACCCCAAAAAUGGAAACCCCAAAAACGGAAACGACCCCAAAAAAGGAAACAGCCCCGAAAACGACCCCAAAAACGGAAACGACCCCAAAAAGUUCCCCAGGGGGGGACGAGAAGGGCCAGAGACCCCCCGAGGACACGGCCGAGGAGGUGACAUAGGGCCACAGGGCCGGGAGCUCCUGGAAGGGCUGAGCAGCGUCUUGUGCCAAACCCCGACCCCAAAUCCGACCCCAAAUCCGACCCCGAACCCCUCGGCCCCAAAACCGGAUGAAUUUUCCCAAUCCCGACCCCAAAAUCCCCGGAUUUUCCCCCAAUUCACUGCCUGAGACUGGUUUGGGGAGGGGGAUCCCAA